UUCGGGUCUCCUUGAGAUAUCAUUUGGGAGGGUCUCCCAAGCCCCGAUCGUGUGGCCAGAGGAGAGGCCGAUGUUUCCUUUCAUUGUAAUGGCCAGAAUGCGUGCAGUCAACUUCCUAGGUACUCUGAAUGCUUUCAGGCUGGGGUGAGAGACCAAGGCACCGCUUUGAAACACACACACAGGCACAACAAGUCAACUCUUGCAGAGUCGAAAACACCUUUCUGCCACCACCACCCCGAGACCCCCUCCUCCCAUCCCCUUCUGUAGCUAGGGGGAGAUGAACAGAUCCCCUGUAUAUUCGGGGGUCAGGAUCUCUGGCUGCUGGGCCCUUGGAGCUGAAGGCAGCAACAGCAGCGCCGAAUCCUUAGACAGGCUGCUCCCUGCAGUGGGCACCACGAGGUCGCCACGGAAACGGACCACCAGCCAGUGCAAAUCUGAGCCACCCCUGCUGCGGACCAGUAAAAGGACGAUCUACACCGCCGGCCGCCCCCCCUGGUACAAUGAGCAUGGCGCGCAGUCGAAGGAGGCCUUUGUCAUUGGCCUCGGAGGGGGCAGCGCCUCAGGGAAGACCACAGUGGCCAGGAUGAUCAUUGAGGCCUUGGAUGUGCCGUGGGUGGUUCUCCUUUCCAUGGACUCCUUCUACAAGGUCCUGACAAAGGAGCAGCAGGAAAAGGCGUCCAGCAACGAUUACAACUUUGACCACCCCGACGCCUUCGAUUUUGACCUGGUCAUCUCCACCCUGAAGAAACUCAAGCAAGGCAAAAGUGUCAAAAUCCCCAUUUACGACUUCACCAGCCACAGCCGCAAGAAAGAAUGGAAAACCCUUUAUGGUGCCAAUGUGAUUAUAUUUGAAGGCAUCAUGGCUUUUGCAGACAAAGAGCUCCUGAAGCUUCUAGACAUGAAGAUAUUUGUUGACACGGAUUCUGACAUCCGCCUGGUUCGGCGCCUGCGCAGGGACAUUGGCGAGCGGGGCAGGGACAUCGACGGGGUCAUCAAGCAGUACAACAAGUUUGUGAAGCCAGCCUUCGACCAGUACAUCCAGCCCACCAUGCGGCUGGCUGACAUUGUCGUCCCGCGGGGCAGUGGGAACACCGUAGCCAUUGACCUGAUUGUCCAGCAUGUCCACAGUCAGCUGGAAGAGAGGAAACUACGCUGGGACAUGGCAGCGCUGGCCUCUGCCCACCAAUGCCACCCCCUUCCCAAGACCCUCAGUGUGCUGAAGAACACCCCACAAGUCAGAGGCAUGCACACAAUCAUCCGGGACAAGGAGACAAGCCGGGAUGAGUUUAUCUUCUACUCCAAACGGCUGAUGCGUCUACUAAUUGAGCAUGCAUUAUCCUUUCUGCCUUUCCAGAGCUGCACAGUUCAGACCCCACAAGGCCAGGACUAUGAAGGUCGAGCCUACCGCGGGAAGCAAAUUACUGGCGUAUCUAUUUUGAGGGCUGGUGAGACCAUGGAGCCAGCACUGAGGGCCGUUUGUAAGGACGUCCGAAUUGGCACCAUCCUCAUCCAGACAAACCGCUACACAGGCGAGCCGGAGCUGCACUACCUGAGGCUUCCGAAGGACAUCAGUGAAGAUCACGUCAUCCUCAUGGACUGCACGGUCUCUACAGGAGCGGCAGCCAUGAUGGCUGUGAGGGUGUUGCUGGACCAUGAUGUCCCAGAGGACAAAAUCUUCCUUCUGUCCCUCCUGAUGGCUGAGAUGGGUGUCCACUCUGUCGCUUACGCCUUCCCUCAGGUGAAGAUAAUUACGACAGCCGUGGACAAGAAAGUGAACGACCUCUUCCGCAUCAUCCCUGGCAUAGGAAAUUUUGGAGACCGAUACUUUGGCACGGAUGCGCCUCCCAACUGGAGUGACGAGGAAGACAUUCUGGUCUCUUAGCAAGCUCCCCUUUUGUAAAGGAAACACUGUGAAGGAAAAGAGGCUUCUGCACUGCACCUUGACCCCUGACACGCCCCCCCCACCAUUGGCAAAGAGACUGUCGCCUUGCAUAUAUUGGUUCUUUCUCGCUCAUCUUGCAUCAGAGGCUAAAAGCGUAUUUUUCAGAAAAGGAGGUGAUGAAGAGAGAUCCUUGGUGUCUUUUUAUGAGCUCAAGAGUGUUUCUGAGUCUAGAGGCGAUGUAUUUUAAUUUAAAAGAUUUAAUAUAACUUAUUUUAUUAAAAAAUAAUGUUUCGGCUAA